AUGCCGCGAAUCUCUGCAUACGGGACGCAAGUGGAGGCCACGUGCGCGAACUGGCCUCACAUCCGUGAUUUACAGCUCGCAGAUCCGGAGUUCAUGAAAGGUGAUGCGAUGGAACUACUUUUGGGCACCGAUGUGCAUUCCGCGAUCGUCGAGGAGGGCCUGCGCAAAGGCGGCCCUCGCGCAUCGAUCGCACAACGAACUUCGCUGGGCUGGAUCCUUUCAGGAGUCGUCGAUGAUGCUGUGCUGAGCAACUCGUCUUCGACGCAUUUCUGCCAAACGAACGCAGAAAUCACGGAGCUGGUGCGCCGUUUUUGGAGUCAGGAAGAGCCUCCGAGCGCUCCCCUUCCCCUAACCGAUGAGGAUCAGAUGUGCGAAGAUCUUUUCGUUUCCUCGCAUAGCAGAACGCCUGAGGGUAGAUACAUCGUGCGCCUUCCGGUGAAAUCCACGCUACCGAAUCUCUACGAAACGCGACGAGCGGCGGUACGCUUGCUACAAUGCAUGGAGCGUCGUUUUACGGUCAACCACGACUUCUAA